CUUUGUGAUUGAGGCAGACGCCUCCGGACGAGGCAUCAGGGCAGUGUUAUCCCAGGAUCGACAUCCGGUGGCAUAUAUGAAUAAGACCUUGGCUCCCUCCAAGGAGGCAUGGUCUACCUACUAGAAGGAAAUGCAGGCUAUCAUCACGGCAGUGCAAAUGUGGCGACCGUACCUGUUGGGCUAGAAGUUCCACAUUUACACUGAUCACCAGAGUCUGAGGAAGCUAUUGGAGCAGCGAGUUUCCACUCCCGAUCAACACAAGUGGGUCUCGAAGCUCCUUGGUUAUGAUUAUGAGAUCCAUUACAGGCCAGGACCCUCCAACGUUGUGGCAGAUGGGCUCUCGAGGCGGCCUAGGGGUGGGGUACUGGCCAUAGUGACGGGGCGUGUGCCCCAAUUCUGGGAGGCAUUACGGGCUCUUACUGAGACAGAUGCGUAUCUGCAGGGUUGUUAGGAUACAACAGUCAGCGAAGUCCCGAGCCACUAUUCAUUUCCGCAAGGGCUGGUGCUUUUCUGAGGGCGCAUCAUCCUUCCGCGGGGUUCUUCGCUGGUGACGACCGUGCUGCAGGAGUACCAUGACUCUCCGUUUGGGGGGCAUUCUGGGGUCGAGCGGACGGUGCGAAUGAUACGAGCACAAUUUUAAUAGCCUCAGAUGGAUCAGGACGUGAAGGACUAUUUAGCUUCGUGCGACACUUGCCAACGGGUCAAGGCAUUCCACCUUCGGCCGACAGGCCUCUUGCAGCCCUUACUGGUGCGCGAGCGGGUGUGGGAGGACAUCAAUAUGGACUUCAUCAUCGAGCUUCCUCCCUCAGGUGAAAAGACGGUCUUGUUCGUCGUCGUUGAUCGACUAGAGAAAUAUGCCCAUUUUAUGGCCUUGGCGCAUCCGUAUACCGCUCGGUCCGUGGCCAAGAAGCUUGUGAUUGGGGUUGUGCGCCACCACGGAUCCCGAGAUCCAUCGUUAGUGACCGAGACUCUGUUUUCUUGAGCCAUUUCUGGCAGGAGGUGUAGGCAUUGGCCCAGACCAUGUUACGGAUGAGUUCAACCUAUCAUCCGUAGACGGACGGCCAGACGGAGGUGGUUAAUCAUUACCUGAAGCAGUAUUGCGCUGCUUUGCCCACCAGCAGCCGCGAUGGUGGUUAGCCGUGUUACCAUGGGCCGAGCUAUGGUAUAACUCUACUUACCAUAGGGCGAUACAGACGAUGCCAUUUGAAGCUCUAUAUGGGAGGCCACCGCCUUCCUUGGUACUUUACCAGAGUGGCACCAGCCAGGUGGAUGCUAUGGAUCGAUGGCUCGGAGCCCGGGAUCAGGCUUUAUAGCAGCUCAAGGUCAACCUGACGGCUGCCAACAAUAAGAUGAAACAGUUGGCUGAUGUCGGACGACGCGAUGAGGAGUUCGAGGUGGGGGACUAGGUUCUGCUUCGACUACACCCAUAUCGGCAGGCUUCCGUGUUCCGCCGUGCAUACCAGAAGCUAGCAGCUCGAUACUUUGGGCCUUAUGAGAUACUGCAGAAGAUUUUUCUGGUGGCCUAUCGUUUGCAGUUACCAACCGAUGCGCGCAUCCAUCCCACCUUCCACGUGUCUCUCCUAAAGAGAUACAAAGGAGCGGCUGAUCGGGUAGAGACUACUUCUCCACCGGUCUCUGCAGAUGGGGACCUUCAGUUGACUCCUCUGCAGGUCUUGGAUACCAGAUGGGUUAAGAAAGGCGGGCGCGUGAUCAAGGAGAGCUUGGUCCUAUAGCAGCACAUGGAGAGAGAGGAUGCCACCUGGGAGGAGACGGCAACCCUCCGGCAGCGCUUCCCAACAUUCGACCUUGAGGGUAAGGUCGUUUCUGAUGGGGAAGGGGAUGAUAGAGACCCAGGCGGUGGGUAGGAGAGACUGGGUUGGCGUUCGACCAUGUGGGCUGGGUUGAGUAGUGGCAGUUCUGUUAUUUCUUUGUCAGUUCUCUGAAACUUAUUAAAAAGGGUUCAGUACGUUCAUUUGGAAUUAAACAGUAAGAAUAUCAAAAUCGCUAAAUCCCUUUCUCUCUGUUCUUCCCCAAUUCUUUCCAAUCCUUAAUUCUUCUUCUCAAUUUCCCAAUCCCAUUUCUUUCUAUCAGAUACACAAUGAUUUCAUUUGGCUUUUUAGGUACUGGUUAGGUGGAAAAUGGAUUGAAUAUUGACCAAACUCAUACCCAACCUACACCCUUCAAUUUUAAGAGCGGGUAAAACCUGCACCCGACCCAUAACAUGUGAACUCUAGAUUUUACCCACAAAUUUGGAUCGGAUGGGUACCUGUGGAUUCGGCUUCUAUUACCAUUUCUAAUCGAUAGUCCUCCAUUUUGGGAUAUUAGUCACCAUAAAUAUGCUCUAAUACUACUUGUUAAAUCAUAUCACUGACAUAUAAAACCAAGUGAUGUAACUUUUAACAAUCAAAAGGAUUUAAAGAAUGAAGAAAUGAACGAUGAAUUAAUGUAAAAUGAAGAAGAUGAAGGUGAAGGCUUCUCUUCUUGUUACCCCAAACUUGGGUCGUGCCAAGUUGGAACAAUUGGUCAUUGACUCAUACUAGCUAUUUGCGUAUGUAACACCUGAUCUCAUAAUCUUAAGGUGUGUAAAGUAUAUAUGGCGAGUAUCUAUAUAUAGGGAUGGCAACUUUGCCCAUACCCAUGGGUUUCUUACUAUCCAACCCAAUUGGGUUGGGUAUGAAAUCCAAAUAGAUGGAUAUGGGUAGAGUUUGAUGGGUUUGUACCCAUACCCAUUUACUUUGGGUUGAGUUGGGUUUAUAUCAAAUGGAUUUGGGUUUGUACCCAUGCCCAAAUACAAAUUACAGUUUGGUACCCAAACUUAAUAGACAUUCAUAUUUAGU